CACGGGAGAGCUGAUCUCUGGGGGAAGUUUUGGGAGCAGGAGGAAUAACAAGAGGCUCAGUGGCUGGGAUUCCUGACCUGAAAGAUGCUUCACACCCACAAUGCUCCUCUGAUGUUCCUAAAGUUCUGCUCUGGAAAGGAGCUCUCCUGUGGCAUUAUGACAUCACUGUGCAUUAGCUAGUGGCUGCCCACGUGGCCUGGGCCCUUGUCCUACUAGGAGCAGUGACAGGGUCACCUAUCUGGCCCUAUACCUUCAGGGGAACUCUCAGAGCAUGGAUCCCUCCUGAUUCCUCUCUGGCCCCAAUGUUCCUUACGGUCAAGCUGCUCUUGGGCCGAAGAUGCAGCCUGAAGGUAUCUGGAAAAGAAAGUGUGGCCACGCUGAAGAAGCUGGUUUCUCAGCACCUGCAGGUGCCAGAGGAGCAGCAGCACCUGCUGUUCCGAGGCCAGCUCCUGGCUGAUGACAAAUACCUCUCGGAUUACAGCAUUGGGCCCAAUGCCUCCAUCAACGUCAUCAUGCGGCCGCAGGAGGAUGUAGCACUGGACAAGACCCAUCAAACCCAGCCCCUGUGGCUCCAGUUGGGCCAGGUCCUAGACAAGCAUUUUGGGUCAAAGGAUGCAAAGACUGUGCUGGGGUUUUUGAGGCAAGAGCACGAGGAGCGUCUGCAGAGGUUGAGCCUGGAGGGUCUGGAGCAGUUGGUGGGCCAACUCCUAGCACAACAGCAGCUUGAUGAGCUGGCAGAGGAAAAGGAAGCCCCUGCUGUUGCAUCAGAACUCCAGCAAAAUGAUGAAGGAGAAGGAGGAGGGACAGGAGGAGGAGGAAAGGAGGAAGAGGAGAAGGAGGAAGCUGAGAAGGGAGCUGAUCAGUAAUUUGACCCAUCCUUCUCUCGCUCACUAAACUUCCCCUGGACUGACCCUUUUACGUUCUCGGGCAAUUUUUCUCUUUGCUGUCUCCUGAUGGAGAUGCAUUUGUCCUUCUUGCUGAACCCUUAAGUAGCUGGAAGAUAUCUGGAUCCUUCUGUAGGUCCCCUUCUGAAGUGCCGACUAAUUCUAGCACCUUCUCUCUGCUACAAGGUACCUGAAUGGGCCAAGGUACACUGUAGGGACAAAGUUCACCCUGGCUCUAAGUGGAAUAGCUUGCCAAAGCAUGUCUUAGAGUGAGUCUCCAUGGCUCGAGACAGAACCUCGUCUCCUUCAGAGCAGACAGUGUGAGUUCAUUGUCCCUCUUCAUAGAACCCAGACCCCUAGUAGUAUAGAGAGGGGGGAGAGCUAUCAGCUGUCCUUGAACUCACAGUGAGACUGGCCCUGCUGCCCUGCUUGUGGUUCCAUGACUUCAGAGAUGGGACCACAGAGACAGGAGUCAGGGAAAGCGAUCACAUGGGCCAGUCUUGGGGCUUGUGGAAAUUCAGACGAAGUCCCAGAAUGACAGCAAACAGUGCCCUAGGCAGGAAAAAUGGUCUGCAAGUGGUCCACUCACAGGGCCAGCCUAAAUAAAGUUAUGCCCACUAGUA